AUGAGGAGUGUGUCACCUUUUUCCUCAACGUCUCCAGAUGACUAUGAGGCUACGUCGCAUUUCAUCUUGCGGCCUAAAUUCCUCUCGGACUUUCACCCUGCCCUGUUUGCGCCUAUUGAAAAAACAAUCGGCAACCUGUUUAUCCACAAGCACCAGAACCACCUCGGCUCCAGAGCUAGAAUCCUUCUUUCGCAAUACUUCAAGGCGAUGGAUCGUGUGGCAGCGGAAGCCGCAGGCCGACCACGAUGUUCUCAAAUCAUCAAAUUAGCUGAAGGAGGGUUUAAUAAAAUAUUUCUUCUCACCAUGGAUGAUGAGACUGAGGUGAUCGCACGCAUUCCAACCCCAAUCGCCGGCCCUCGUCACUACACAACAGCUAGCGAAGCCGCAACGAUGCAAUGCCUUCGCGACUCCCUACACAUACCGGUGCCUCGGAUCCUUGCGUAUGCGUCCACGACCGACAACCCCGUGGGUGCCGAAUACAUCAUAAUGGAACGGCUCCACGGCGAAAGUCUCGGGUCGAGAUGGCUUUCCUUCUCGACUGCUCAGACGGCCGACCUGAUGACCCAAAUAGCGAAAAUCGAAGGGAAGAUAUUCAAAUUCAAAUUCCCGGCGUAUGGCAGUUUGUACCAUAGACGCGACAUACCUGCGGAAUCAAGAGUGGAUUUUCCAUCAGAGGGGGGUGACUUCUGCGUUGGCCCUAUUUGCAAACGUCAGUUCUGGCACGGCGAGAGGGCGGACAUGCAGCUCGAUCGCGGACCUUUUCCGUCCAGAUCAGAGCUGUCCACUCCCAUACUAAGACACCCCGACCUGAGCUACACGAACCUCCUCCUUACCCCCGGAACGAACAAGAUAGAAGCCAUAAUCGAUUGGCAGGAUGCUGCUAUUCUUCCUCUUUUCAUGCAGGCGGGGUAUCCAGCAUUCUGUGAACAUGAUCUCUCGCAAGUACAAUCUUUGGAGCCACCAAAGCGUCUCGAUAAUUACGAUGCAAUGAGUGAAGUGGAUAAAUUGAAAGUCGACAUGAGAUUCCGUUUGGAAGAGGCCAACCUAUACUACUAUGCCGCAACUGGCGUUGAAAACGCUCUACAUAUGCAGGCCCUCCGCCAGCCGGGUCUUGGAAUGAUACAGUACCUCAUUUCUCAGGCAGGAUAUCCCUGGGACGCGGAUCUGAUAAACCUCAAGGCCGGCCUGGUUGGACUUGCAAAGAUCUGGAGUGAAAUAAUCCCUCAUCCUUGCCCAGUUUCCUUCCCCCCUGCCGACAAGAAAGCUAUACUCCAUGACGCUUCAGAGUGGAGGGAAUGUGCGGAGAUUCUCUCAAACAUACAGAACUCACUUGGAGUCGACCGGGAGGGCGGCACGCACCCGGAUGACUUUGAGCAUGCGUGUGAAAUGGCUCGUCAAUUGCGUGUGCAGAUAUAUUCGAAUGCAGAGGAGAAGGAACGGAAGCUCUUUUGGAAAUCGUGGAUCUUCAAGGAUGACGGUGAUGCUACUCCUCCUCCUGUUCUUUGA